CUUAACUUUCCAGUAAUAAAACAUCAAUAGCUUCUGCUAACACAAGGGAGGGAGCGCAGAAGAGAGGGCAGGAGACUGGGCAAGAAAGAGCUCUGUGUCUCCUGUGUUACUGAAGCCAGCUCUUACAAUAGCACUCUCCAGAUGCAGAUGGAGACUGGAAGCAGCAGGAUGCCUCCUGCCUCCUUUCUCCCCACGGCCAUCAUUUUCCUUCUCGUUUCUGGAGUUUUUCCAGAAUCCUGUAAGGGAAUUAUAGGAGGAAAUGAGGUUCCAUCCCAUGCCAGACGCUACAUGGCUCUCAUCAAAGGGCUGGAAAUCUGCGCAGGGGCUUUGAUCGACGAAAACUGGGUCCUGACCGCUGCUCACUGUGACCUGAGAGGCAAACCUCAAGUUAUCCUUGGUGCCCACUCUGUAGCUCAGAAAGAGAAACUUGAACAGAUGUUUUCCAUUAAGAGGGCAAUUUCCUACCCAUGCUAUGACCCUGAGACAUUUCAAGGAGAUCUUCAACUCCUUCAGCUGGAUGGUAAAGCAGCGAUCACCAAAGCGGUGGGAAUCCUUCGCCUCCCGGAAAGAGGCGAGGAUGUGAAACCCCACACCAAGUGUCAUGUGGCUGGAUGGGGGAGCACCAAAAGAGACUCUUGCAAGGUUUCCAACAUCUUGAGAGAAGUCAAUGUCACCGUGAUCGACCGAAGAGUCUGCAACGACCCAAAGCAUUAUGCUUUCAAACAGUUGGUGGACAACAGCAUGCUCUGUGCAGGCGGCAGGAAAGGGGAAGACGACUCGUGCAGUGGGGAUUCUGGAAGUCCUCUGAUAUGUGAUAACAUUUUCAGGGGUGUCACUUCCUUUGGGAAAUGUGGUGACCCCAAGAAGCCUGGUGUCUACAUUCUUCUUACUAACAAAUAUCUCAACUGGAUACAGAAAACCAUUGCAGGAGUUGUGUAACACUCCUUCAAAGCAGACCCCCAAGGUUACCACUGGAAGAGAUCCAGCAAAGGGGUCUGAAACUUCACUUAUCCCACGAAGCACUUCUUCCUAACUGUGCCAGCCAUGGCCUGUCUGGCAUGAUCACCAGUCACCAGCUUGCACUGCCCUGUUGGUCACUAAGACUGCAGCUUAGCAUUUAACUCUUUCUGUAGCAAGAGAGAGCCCUGAGAAGAGGGUCAGGCUGAUGCUUUGUGUCAAUUAAAAGAAACCGGUAGUCCUGGGGAAAGCUAAAAUAUUCUUCACUCUUCCAAAUACAACUCUCAAAUACCUAUGGCAUUUAGAGUGUAUGAGAGAGAGAGAGCUUUUAUUGAAAAUAGAUUCUUCUCUCAUACAAUACACCCAACCAGAGUAUCCCCUCCCUCCACUCCUCCUAGCUCCUCCCUACCUCCCCUCUCCCCAGACCCAUACCCCCUCCACAUCCUCUUCAGAAAAGAGCAGGCUUCCAAGAGACAACAGUUACACAGGACAAGAGCCCUCACAUUUGGGCUGGACAAGGCAACACAAUAGGAGGAAAAGAGUCUCAAGAGCAGGCAAAAGAGUUAGAGACACACCCACUCCCAGUUGUUAGAAGUCCCACAAGAGCACCAAGCUAACAGCCACAGAAUAACGCACAGACCAGGUGUAGACCCACACAGGCCCUCUGCUUGCCAUUUCAGUCUCUGUGAGCCCAGAUGCACUUUGCUGAGUUGAUUCAGUGGGCCGUGUUCUCCUCGUGUCCUCCGUCCACUCUGACUCCUACAGUUUUUCCUCAUCCUCUUCUGUGGUGUUCUCCAAUCUCCGGGAGGAGGGGGGAAACACAAUGGAAUCUACCAAUUUAGACUUUCUCUCCACAUAAUGUCUGGCUCUGGGUCUCUGCACCCAUUCCUAUCUGUUGCCAAAUCAAGCCUCUCUGAUGAUGACUGGACAAGGCCCUAAUCUAUGAGUAUAGCAGAAUAUCAUUAGAAAUAAUUUUAUUGAUUUUAUAUUUCAUUUUAUUUUAUUACCUGUCGUGUUUGGUUCUACCCUAGGUCUCUGGGCUAUUCAGUCUCCAGUUUCUUGCCAUCCAGGCAGUGUAGGGCAUGGGCUCCCUCUAGCGGGGUGAGCCUCAAAUCAAAAAACAUCGAUUGUUCAUGCCCACAUAUUCUUUGCCCCAGCAUGUCUUGCUGGAAGGACAGACUGUAGGUGGAGAAUUUUGAGCCUGGGUUGGUGUCAGGUUUCUCUUUCCAUGACCUGUGGAGUACCUUAUCACACCAAAGAGACUAGAAUGUAGGAGUGAAGGCUCCAUGCCUACACCAGCUCAACCUCUCUAGGUCCAAUGACCUAGGUGAAAGUUGUGGACAAUGCACUCCCCCCCCCCAUCAGUUUUCAGAGGGCAAUCGUCUGUCCUAUCACCAGCCUGGGUUGUUUAGAGAUCUCCAUGGGACCUCCUUAGUCAACAACUUAAUCAAAUGUAACCCAGACCCACCACUGGAAGCCUUGCCAGGCUACAAAAGAGGGCCAGUCUCAGACUCUGUAUCCGCCAUUACUAGGAGUCCUCACUAGGGUCACCCUCACAGAUUCCUGGAACUUUCCACUGAACUUGGUCUUCACAGUGCUCUCAAAAGUCCCCCAAAUUCUAGCUGUCUCUCUCUACCAUUCUCCCCCAUCUCCCCAAAUCCAGCCACUUUCCAACCUCACUUGAACAUCAAGCAGCCCCCUCCCCUGGCCCCAGAUCUUCCCUCUUAAACCUGUUUCAACUCUGGUUUUUCCAUUUCUAGAAAACUCCCCUAGAUAGCUAAUGUCAUGGCUUAAUAUACCCAGCCUGCCCCAAAAUAUUCUGUGAUGUCAGUGCACACCUCGCCCCCUCAGACAAAUUUGCUGCCCCCUUACCUUGACCUGUAUAUGUAUGUGUAUGUUCUGUAUAUAUGUGUGUGUGUAUACACACACACAUACAUAUAUCCUAGCCUGUUACCUUGGUAAUAAUGUCUCUUCCCACUAGUGUAUAAGUUCCAUGAAGAAAGGACAGGAACUGGUGUACUUUUCACUAUCUCUAUGUUCAAUACAUGAAUGAAAUGAAGCUUAACUGCUGUCCUGUUAACAGAGGACUACCUACCAAACUCUCUGAACAUCUAAUCAUCUUUAUCCAAAAAAUAACCCUGACCCCGACUUCUAACAUCAGAGUAGAGAUUUUCCUAAACAUUGGGUGAUAGUUGCCGUUGUAUAACCACCCCUGCCAUGCAUGUUUUUGGAUGAAUUAAUUCUUCUGUGGGGACAGUACAUUUGUGAGGCCACCACAUGCCUGUUCUGUUUGUCUCUGCCAGGAUUCAGAAGGUUUCAGCUUGGCAUUGUUUCAGAUGGGGCUCCAGAAUCGAACCCUUGCAGAAACAGUCUUGAUUUCCUAAGAAGGUGCCCCCAGGGUAAUGGAGGUAAACUUGCAGGGCAGUUGAGAAAGUGAGACACAAAAGGGCACAAUUUCACCUACAGACCCAACAAUGCCCCCUCUGGGGAACUGUGAACGCAGGGCGAAUGAGCCUUCAUUCUCACCAGCUGAAGGACUUUCCUUAGUUCUUGUCUCCUGGAAGGCACAGAUUCAGCCAAGAUGCACAGAGGCAGAAGCAGAAGCUAGUUAUGAAAUUAAAGUGGAAAACACGCUCCAGACUCCCUUGAAAAGGACUUUGGCUGUCUCAAUCAAUCAAUAUAUCUCCCUUCCUCUUUUCCCCUCUCCACUCUCCCUAUCC